CCAUAAUCUCUUGUUUGUCCUCCUACAUUUGAACUAAAGGCUUCUGAAAGUUGGCGCCUUGAACAAUAAUUCUAAUUUCUAACCAUUUUUUCAACUUCACUCGAUAUUUUCUCCACUCAAUCUUCCUCAUUGAAGCUUCAUCUAAGAAUUCAAGAUGGAAGCACUUUACAUCAAACUCUACGAAAAGUACUCUAAACUCAAGGUAGCAAAGGAUAAUGAGUUAGAUCAAGUUAAUCAAGAACAAGAAGUAAAAUUCAUGGAGUUUAUGUCUGCGGCAGAGACUCUUAUAAAGUAUUUGACGACAGAAAACAAGAGGUUGUCCGAUGAUAUUGAUGAAUUACGGAAAGAAGUUGUCUCGUCGAGAACUGCUAAAGACCAACAAUAUGAUGAUUUUCAGCAGCGUUUAAUGGAGGAAAAGCAGAAGAAUCGAGAGCUUUCUGCUGAGGUUGAGCAACUGCGCCAGCUGCAGCAAGAGAAACCCCACUCUAGCAACAGAACUGACCAUAAUGAGGAGCAAAUUGUAAACAGUACUCGUAGCCCGUCUGUAUCCCGAGGGAAAUUUACUGAAUCACCCAUGAGAAUGACUAGGAAACGUGCCAGACUUGCUGCUGAGACUGAUUCUGCCAGAAACAAUGUGUCAGUUGGUCUUCUUGAGCUAUCAACUGGGAGGGGAAUAUCUUCAGAUCAACCAAAAAUUGAUGUUCCAAUAGCAAAUGCACAGCCAGAGUGCUGUCAGAGUAAUCUGGACAAUGAAGGUCCUUGCAAGUGCCUUUUUCAGAAUUUUGUUGAGUGCCUAACUGGUAUGAAGGUCACCAUGGUUAAUCAACCUGAGGGAAGGUGUAUACACGUUGUUCAUCAGUCCAGUGGCUAUUCUUUUGAUUUGACAUGGGUGAACAAGCCUUCUCCGGGUGGAGAGUUGUUGUAUAAUGUUUCUUCCCUGGGGACGUUUGUUAAUGUGGCUCCAGUGUGGAUGCGUGAGGUGAUAAUCUUCAGUGUGAGCAUGUGCCCUAUUUUCUUUGAGAGGGUAUCUCGUGUUAUCAAACACUACUAGUUCUGGGCUUCUCUGCUGUUACAAGCUCAUUUACGUACAGUGUCUGACUCUGACUGACUGUGAUCCAGUGUCUGAAUUGAAGACUGGGGUAGUAGAAGUCGCCCCUCGUCCACGAUGAAUAUGGCCCUACCACCCGUCCCUCAUUCCCGAAUAGGUCUGGCCACAGUGCAGCACUCUUCUGCUUUGUUCAUUAUAUGUGAUGUAUGUAGUAGAAGUUGCAAAGAGUGGGGUAGUUUCCCACCUAGACAUAACUCCUUGUGAAAAUGUAUCCAGUUCUUAAUCUAAUCUCUUUAACAGUGUUGUGUGCCAAAAUCAGUUUCUUUG